GAUGAAUGAAGGGCUGUAUUUUCUCCGAAACAUGUUUCAACUUGAUCGCUUUUAAUCUUUAUGUUGUUUUGAACAGUUCCGAUUUGUUUUUAAUUAUUUUUCUUUGAAGGCGGGAACAUAAACGAGAGUAGAAGAUGCUCUGUUUAAGAGCUCUGAGCAGGAUGGCACAGCGGGCUUUCUUGGCAUCAGGCCGUGGCUUUCAACCUCUCACUGUUUCAGAGCGGGACAUCAGUCUCUCUCCACGCCAACUCACCUCUGAUGCCAGCUUUUACUCAGAGGAGUCUGAUUGUCCAAGAAUUCUCAUUACUGGGGGGUUGGGGCAGCUGGGAGUGGGUCUAGCCAAAUUGCUCAGGAAGAGAUUUGGAAAAUAUAAUGUCAUUCUGUCUGAUAUCAGGAAACCCCCAAAUCUUGUUUACCAGAGUGGUCCUUUUAUAUAUUCUGACAUUUUGGACUCCAAGAACUUGCGUGAGAUUGUUGUAAACAACCGCAUCUCCUGGUUGAUUCACUACAGUGCUCUCCUGAGUGCAGCUGGAGAGGCAAACGUGUCCCUCGCUCGUGAAGUCAACAUCACUGGGUUGCACAACGUUCUUGAUGUUGCUACAGAACAUGGGCUCCGUCUUUUCGUUCCCAGCACUAUAGGAGCGUUUGGCCCCACCUCCCCUCGCUACCCCACCACUGAUUUGUGCAUCCAACGCCCUCGAACGAUUUACGGAGUGUCCAAAGUUCAUGCGGAGCUGAUGGGAGAGUAUUACCAUCUCAGGUAUGGUCUUGACUUCCGCUGUCUCAGAUACCCAGGAAUAAUUUCUGCAGAUUCUCAGCCAGGUGGAGGGACAACAGACUACGCCGUCCAGAUCUUCCACGAUGCUGUGAAAACAGGUAAAUUUGUGUGCAACUUGAAACCAGACACACGACUGCUAAUGAUGUUCAUCGAUGACUGCCUGAGAGCCACGCUGGAAGUUCUAGAAGCUCCUGCUGAGAUGCUGAGUAUGCGCACGUACAACAUCAGUGCCAUGAGCUUCACUCCAGAGGAACUGGUCCAAGAAAUCAGGAAGCACCUUCCAGACCUGCAGGUCACCUAUGAGGUUGACCCAGUUCGACAAACCAUUGCUGACAGCUGGCCAAUGAUUUUCGACGACACCAGUGCCCGCAGUGACUGGGGCUGGAAACAUGACUGUGGCUUGCCGGAAUUGGUUCAGACGAUGCUGAACUUCACUGGCUCGGACUCCAGAAUGGCGCGAGCCAACUAAACACCAUCUGCCAUACUGUACUUUGAGUUCAGGACGCUGAGCAUUUUGGGACCUGAUGGACUGGUUAGCAUUUCAGCUCUGCAGUCUCACUCUUUAAUAAGUUAUUUAAAAGGAGAAACUACAUAGUUACAGUGUACUUUAUUAAUUUCCAUAUGCAGCAUGUAUUUGCACAGUUUUUUUUUUUUUUUCUCUUUACAGUGAACCAAAUAUUUACAGGGCUAUAUUGUAUCCUUCUCGAUUAUUCUGCGCAAUAGCCAGGGGCUGUCAAACAAAAGGAAAAUAAGCACCAUAAAAUCACCAUAAAAGUGACUUGUGUGCUAUACUAUAAGUCUUCUAAAGCCGUAUGCAAGAAGAACAGCUCGAAAUGUCAAGUUGAUUGACUUACACUAUAUUGCCAAAAGUAUUCGCUCACCCAUCCAAAUAAUUGAAUUCAGGUGUUCCAAUCACUUCCAUGGCCACAGGUGUAUAAAAUGAAGCACCUAGGCAUGCAGACUGCUUCUACAAACAUUUGUGAAAGAAUGGGCUGCUCUCAGGAGCUCAGUGAAUUCCAGCGUGGUACUGUGAUAGGAUGCCACCUGUGCAACAAGUCCAGUUGUGAAAUUUCCUCGCUACUAAAUAUUCCACAGUCAACUGUCAGUGGUAUUAUAACAAAGUGGAAGCGAUUGGGAAUGACAGCAACUCAGCCACGAAGUGGUAGGCCACGUAAAAUGACAGAGUGGGGUCAGCGGAUGCUGAGGCGCAUAGUGCGCAGAGGUCGCCA